AUGAGUGCUACCCAGCCUACCGUCGAAAAGAAGGACGCUGAAAAGAAUGUCUCUGAUGACGAAGAUGAGGACAUUGAUCAAUUGAUCGAAGAUUUGCAAUCUCAUCACGGUCUUGCAGAUGAUGACGAAGAUGAGGAGGAGCAAGGUACUGGUUCUUUUAAACAAGUUCCUGAGGAAUUGUUGAAGACAGACCCAGCAACAGGUUUAACUGAUGAUGAGGUCUCUAAGAGAAGAAAGAAGUAUGGUUUGAAUCAAAUGUCUGAAGAAAAGGAGAAUUUGGUUUUGAAAUUCAUCAUGUUCUUCGUCGGUCCAAUUCAAUUCGUUAUGGAAGGUGCCGCUAUUUUAGCUGCUGGUUUGGAAGAUUGGGUCGAUUUCGGUGUUAUCUGUGGUUUAUUGAUGUUGAACGCUUUCGUCGGUUUCGUUCAAGAAUACCAAGCCGGUUCCAUUGUCGAUGAAUUGAAGAAAACUUUAGCUAAUUCUGCUUUUGUUAUCAGAAAUGGUUCUUUAGUUGAAGUUGGAGCUAAUGAAAUUGUUCCAGGUGAUAUCUUGCAAUUAGAAGAUGGUACUGUUAUCCCAGCUGAUGGUACUAUUGUAUCUGAGGACUGUUUGUUACAAGUUGAUCAAUCUGCUAUCACCGGUGAAUCUUUAGCCGUUGACAAGAGACACGCUGACGCUUGUUACUCAUCAUCUACCGUUAAAACUGGUGAAGCUUUUAUGGUUGUUUCUGCUACUGGUGAUUCUACCUUCGUUGGUAGAGCUGCUGCUUUGGUUAACAAAGCUGGUGGUGGUACAGGUCAUUUCACUGAAGUUUUGAACGGUAUUGGUACGAUUUUAUUGGUCUUGGUCAUUGUUACUUUGUUAGUUGUCUGGGUUGCUUGUUUGUACCGUACCGUUAGAAUUGUUGCCAUUUUGAGAUACACUUUAGCAAUCACCAUUAUUGGUGUUCCAGUCGGUUUACCAGCUGUCGUUACCACCACUAUGGCUGUUGGUGCUGCUUACUUAGCUAAGAAGCAAGCUAUUGUUCAAAAAUUGUCUGCUAUUGAAUCUUUGGCUGGUGUUGAGAUCUUAUGUUCCGAUAAGACCGGUACCUUGACCAAGAACAAGUUGUCUUUGCACGAACCAUACACUGUUGAAGGUGUUGAACCAGAUGACUUGAUGUUGACAGCUUGUUUGGCUGCUUCUAGAAAGAAGAAGGGUUUGGAUGCUAUUGAUAAAGCUUUCUUGAAGUCUUUGAUUAACUACCCAAGAGCCAAGGCUGCUUUGACUAAAUACAAGGUUAUUGAGUUUCAACCUUUCGAUCCUGUCUCAAAAAAGGUUACUGCUAUUGUGGAAUCCCCAGAGGGUGAAAGAAUUGUUUGUGUCAAGGGUGCUCCAUUGUUCGUCUUGAAGACUGUCGAGGAUGACCACCCAAUUCCAGAAGAUGUCCACGAAAACUAUCAAAACACUGUUGCUGAGUUUGCUUCCAGAGGUUUCAGAUCUUUAGGUGUUGCCAGAAAGAGAGGUGAAGGUCACUGGGAAAUUUUGGGUAUUAUGCCAUGUAUGGAUCCUCCAAGAGAUGAUACUGCUGCCACUGUUCAUGAAGCUAAGAAAUUAGGUUUGAAGGUCAAGAUGUUGACUGGUGAUGCCGUUGGUAUUGCUAAGGAAACUUGUCGUCAAUUAGGUUUAGGUACCAACAUUUACGAUGCUGACAGAUUAGGUUUAUCUGGUGGUGGUGACAUGGCUGGUUCUGAAAUUGCUGAUUUCGUUGAAGCUGCUGAUGGUUUCGCUGAAGUCUUCCCACAACAUAAAUAUAACGCUGUUGAAAUUUUACAAUCUAGAGGUUUCUUGGUUGCCAUGACUGGUGAUGGUGUUAACGACGCUCCAUCUUUGAAAAAGGCUGAUACCGGUAUUGCUGUCGAGGGUGCUACUGAUGCUGCUCGUUCUGCUGCUGAUAUUGUUUUCUUGGCUCCAGGUUUGUCUGCUAUUAUUGAUGCUUUGAAGACCUCAAGACAGAUUUUCCACAGAAUGUACGCUUAUGUUGUUUACCGUAUCGCUUUAUCAUUGCACUUGGAAAUUUUCUUAGGUUUGUGGAUUGCUAUUUUGAAUAGAUCUUUGAAUAUCGAUUUAGUUGUUUUCAUUGCUAUUUUCGCUGAUGUUGCCACAUUAGCUAUUGCUUAUGAUAACGCUCCAUACGACCCAAAGCCUGUUAAAUGGAACUUACCAAGAUUGUGGGGUAUGUCAAUUAUCUUGGGUAUCAUCUUAGCUGUUGGUACAUGGAUUACUCUUACCACUAUGUUCAUGAGCAGAGGUGGUAUUAUCCAAAACUUCGGUUCCAUUGAUGGUGUUUUGUUCUUGCAAAUCUCUUUGACUGAGAACUGGUUAAUUUUCAUUACUAGAGCCCAGGGUCCAUUCUGGUCAUCUAUUCCAUCUUGGCAAUUGUCUGGUGCUGUUUUGAUUGUUGAUAUCAUUGCUACUAUGUUCACCUUAUUCGGCUGGUGGUCACAAAACUGGACUGACAUUGUUACCGUUGUCAGAACCUACAUCUUUUCUUUCGGUGUAUUCUGUUGCAUGGGUGGUGCUUACUACUUAAUGUCUCAAUCCGUUGCUUUCGACAACUUCUGUAACGGUAAAAAACCAACUCCCUCUAGAGAUCACAGAUCUCUCGAAGAUUUCUUGGUUUCCAUGCAAAGAGUAUCUACUCAACACGAAAAAUCUACUUAA